CUGCUCAAACGAAGACCAAGUGUAUACGAUUCGUUAGCCUCUGUGAAAGAUAGUUCAACAGCUCGCAACAUGGUUCAGUGGACAGACUUUGAGCGCGCCACCAUUCAGAGCGUCUUCGAGAAGAUGGACUACGAUGUCGUAGGCCCCGCGGCUCUUUCCAGGUGUCUGGUCGUGUACCCCUGGACCCAGAGGUAUUUCGGUAACUUCGGAAACCUGUACAACGCCGCUGCCAUCCAGGGAAACCCAAUGGUCGCCGCUCACGGAAAGACUGUCCUGCACGGACUGGACCGGGCUGUCAAGAACAUGGAUGACAUCAAGGCCACCUACGCAGAGCUGAGCGUGCUGCACUCCGAGAAACUACACGUGGAUCCCGACAACUUCCGGCUGCUGGCUGACUGCCUUACUAUUGUUGUUGCUGCGAGAAUGGGUGCUGACUUCACCGCUGAUGUCCAGGGUGCUUUCCAGAAGUUCCUGGCUGUGGUGGUGAGCUCCCUGGGCAAACAGUACCACUAGAGCCCCUCCACUCAGAGACGGACGACCAUCAGAGGACCAACAAGCUCAGAGGACCAACAAGCUCAGAGGACCAACAAGCUCAGAGGACCAACAAGCUCAGAGGACCAACAGGCGCUGAUCAUUUGUUUAGAGGCACAUGUUGUUCCUUCUACUAAAGCAAAUAAAAUCAGCAAAUUAA